AUGGUUACACCUUUGCAAGGAAAUACAUCUGAUAUCAAGCCACCGCCAGGACAUGGCAAGAUAACAUGCCACCUUCCAUCUGGAACUAAGAAGCCAACCUUUUCCACUUUCCGUGCCUCUUAUCCAUUAAAAUUUCUUACUCCAAAAACGCAUAACCCUAACCUGGCAGCUGUAUACUUUCUUUCCUAUGGAGGUGGCAUGGUAUCCGGGGAUUCGAUUUAUGUUGAUGUAGAAAUUUUUCAGAAUGUAAAUUUGAUGCUCUUGACUCAGGGCUCAACGAAAAUAUAUAAACAACGAGCACAAAAAAAGAAUGUUAACGAUAGCAAUGAUUAUUUACAGACAGAUCCAAAAAAUCUUUCUUCCAUCACGCGUCAAAGUCUCAAUGCCUAUGUGCACGAAAGUUCCUUACUCCUUCAAUUGCCUGAACCUACUACAUGCUUCCGUGAUGCGGAAUACAUCCAGAGUCAGACAUUCUCGUUAGAAAAUGACGCAUCUGUCGUCAUUUUAGACUGGUUCACAAGUGGCAGAAUGUCUCGAGGAGAGCGUUGGGAAUUCACGCACUAUGAAUCUGGUGUUAAUUUAUUAGUGGGUGGAAAAUUAAUUUUUCGUGAUGUGAUAUUAUUGCAGAAUGAAAAAAGUGAGAAUGACAUUAAUAAUAUUAAACGUCGGCUGGAACCUUAUGAAUGUUUUGCAACUUUGGUAAUAUAUGGGCCAAAAGUGAUUUCUUUAACAAAACAUCUUAUGAAUGAGUUUGAUAAAAUAGUGGUAGAUAAGAUGGAUAAAAUUGCUGAUUUGAUUUGGUCUGCAUCUGCACUGCAUAUAGAAGAGGAAAAUGCUAGAGGGGUGGUAAUAAAGGUUGCUGGUAUAACAACAGAGAUUGUGAGGAAGUUUUUAGUUGGCGUGGCUUUAAAAGGUUUAAAUGAAGUAAUCGGAGAGAACUUAUUUGAAAGAGCGUUAUAG